CUACGUGCAAAUAGUCGCGCCUAGCACACGCUUGCCCUGCAGCAAAUCGGUAAUGCUGGGGAGCAAAUUCGACCAUAUAGGGGAGGACAGGAUGCAGUUGUGCGGCUACCUGCCCAGACCACGCGUACGCGUAGAUCUAGUGGUGCUUUGGAUAUGCGGGAUUCAGAAGGAAAAGAAGGAAAAGACGAAGCUGAAGGCAACCGUGACCCUGCGGAAAGACCUCUCUGGCACAUUCACAGCGCGUUUCACUCGUUGCGAUGGAAAGGCGGCAGAGACGUCUAUUGACUUUUGCGCGGAAGAGAUACUUAUCAAGGGUGACGGUAAAGAUGCACUGUCGGUGCAGUCUGGGAAUUUCAUGGUUCUUGACGGAUGCCACAAAACCUGGACGUUGUAGAUUUUAAAAAAAACACUUCCACCACGUCCCAUUGACCACCGUUCCCUUUGCGCGGCUUCUUCACCCGGGUUGAGACGCUAUUUAGAGGCACUGCCCGACUCGCCGGCCGCAUUGUUAUAAUCCGAACCCCCUGAGCCAUAAUGCUCAUGUCCUUGUUCCUCGCUCUCGUCUUUCUGCGCAACGGGUCAAUUACCGACUGGCCGCCGCACUCCGUUACUGUCACUGGAAACUCACCGUCUGUGGGUUGCUUGUUUUUCCUUCGGUGCUUCCGCCGUUCGACAUGCGGAGCUCACUUCGUUUCUCAGUUUGUGGCUGUUGUCUUUGGGUCUUGUGUUCGUGUGGCCGGGAGACGUACCUCAACUUGUGUGUGGCCCCUAAGGAUACGGCAGGCAGCAACACUUUGCCUUGCUGGGAAGUCAUGAUGCGGGUGAAACGGGAUGCCAUCUUUGGCUUUGCUUGACGAUUCAAAUGUCACGAUGUUUCAAUGGUUUGAAAGUUGAAGCAGAACAGACAAGGGGAGACGGCCCUCAUGCUUCAGGCAUCAGCAACGGGAAGUUAAGAGCCAGGCGGGCCCGCAUUCUGGACGCGUCUCCUGUGUAUACAAUUAUCACCUCGUUUGGCGGGGACACGUUCUGGAUAAACAUUACGCGCCAAGCAUCGUACUGAUGACAGCUCAAACCUGCAUGAAAGAACCCGGUAUUGCGUGCGGAACGAUAAAGACGAAUGGCAAUUGUGGUCGCCGCGCUGAAACUUGCUCCGCAAGUACGCCCUGUUUAUAAGGGCUAGCCAACCAAGACCUGGCAACCCUACCAACGGAUACGGCUUUGUUCCUCAAGCAACCCUUGCCAGGCGGGCUUCUGGGUCGCCUAUAUUGCCGGAUGCCCUCCAAGCGUGUGAGUCACCCGGCCUACGCUCAUCCGGAAUGCGGCCUCGCCCAAUUCUGCUGCUGGUCGGUAGGUGGCCCCGUUACAACGCACAACGAAGUCAUACCCCCCUGCUGUUUUCCGGAGCCCCGUUGGCGAACGGUCAAGCUUAGAGGCACAGAAGCUGACGUGACAGCAAAAUUACAUCCCUUCUGGGAGUCCGUCAGCCAAUCGUAAGCGGCUCGCUCUCAAGGAAAGAGGCUAGGAGCUUGCACCGUCGCUCAUGACGGUCUACUCUCCUCCACUAAUCGCUUUUUAACAAGGUGCUUCGCUACUCCGCAGCUGACCGCGUCUGUUUGCCCAACCUCCUUGUCGCCACCAUUGGCAUGUCCAGGGCCCUACGAAAUGCAUAACAAGAUGACUUAUAACUUCAACUGAUUAGUCCCUCCCCCUGUAUGCUCGAUUGGUGUUCCUCCCAUGUUACCACCGGCUGCUCAACGUCCCUCUUAACCACUUUCCCGUUUAGGUGUCUGUAGCCUUUGCGGGCACGGGGUUGAGUCACAGUCUCUCCGGCAGAGGUGGAUACGCAAGUGUUCAGUAUUUCCGGCUGCUGUUAAUGGAAUGAGCCGUCGUUUGUGCACGAGACCAGAACGGCUGUAGUGGCCGUUAAGGACAUGUCCAGCAAUCUCGAUCAUGGUGUGCUGCAGGCUGUAGAGGAUAGAUCUGCUUUCAUUAAGCCUUGUUGCGGCCAACACGCCAUGCCGUCCAUAGUGAGUAAGGAAGACUACGCAACGGUCAGCUACGUGGGGAUCCAAACCGAUAUCAACAUUUUCGAAGGAGAUAGUUCCUAUAGUUCCGCUGUCGACGUCGAGCCCAUUCGCACCCGCAUCCAUGCCUAUCUAACGCGGGGAAAACGGGAUCUCUGCAUUCCCAAUGCCUUCUUCUACGCCGACGGCUGCUUCUCGGCCACCCCAUCUGCCGACGGCGCCCUGCAAAUUAGCAUUCAGAUCUUCAAACAAUGGUGCCCCAUGGUGACCAUUAUCGGCUCCGUUUCGGCUUGCUCCGGCAUUCCCUCCGGCUUUCUUGAGCCCCGCCGCUUCACCCUCGAAACGUCCGUCUACGACACCUCGAAGGCUGCUCCGGUUCCGUUUUCAGUCGCCUGCUUCCCGCAAAGUGCGAAGCGUUGGGAAAAGGUCGAGAUCCCUCUAGCAGGAGAUUUGCUCAGCAUCACCGCCAAAGGUCGCUGGCCGCACCACGGACACGAAUCAACUGGCCCUCCGCGUCCUCAAUCUGGCCUACCUGCUGAGAUCUGCCUCGGCCCCGGUUACGCCGGCCUCAACUGCCACUCCACCUUCCAAGCGGUCUACCCGCUAGGAAGGUCGAGCACCUCCGUCUACGCCCUCGAAGAGACCCCGUCCAUUGGAGCCUGCCGGCGAAGCUGCUAACCCGCCCGGCGAGAAUCCAUCUCGCAGAAUCCGACCAGACGGCGUCUUGAUCCGGCCCACGUAGAGGAUAUUACGGAAUCUCCACCCAUCCC